AUGGAGUCUCGAAAGGUAGGGAUUCUAGGUGAGAGCGGUGGUCAACUUGGGCGUAUGCUCGCCGCCUCGGCGUCCUUGUUCAACAUAGACGUAGCAAUUCUCGAUGUUGGAGAUCACGCACCAGCCAAGCAAAUAGUCUCUUCACCUCCUCACUUAGGUCAUGUCGAUGGGUCCUUCUCCGACCCGGAGAAGAUAAAGCAGCUCGCAGCAAAGGUUGACGUCCUGACCGUCGAGAUCGAGCAUGUCGAUGUCACCGUACUAGAAGAGAUAACGCAAUCUUCAAGAAUAAUAGAAAUACAUCCGAGUCCUGCGACAAUCCGCAUAAUUCAAGACAAACUUCAACAAAAACAGCACUUAUCUGACCAUGGGCUAUCCGUCGCAGACUAUAUGCGUGUGGAAUCGACGGCAGAAUCAAUUGAAAGUGCAGCCGCGCAUCUCGGUUUACCACUCAUGCUGAAGAGUCGGACAUUGGCGUACGAUGGCCGAGGAAACUAUGUUCUACAGGAUCUGACUAAAACGAACGAAGCUGUCGCAGCUUUGGGUGGGAGGCCGCUAUACGCCGAACGAUUGGUGUCUCUGGCCAAAGAACUCGCCGUCAUGGUUGUUCGCACGACUUCGGGUGACAUUCGGUCAUAUCCCGUAGUUGAAACAGUGCACAAGGAUAAUAUUUGCCAUAUUGUCUAUGCACCUUUCCGGCAUUCAAAUCCGGACGUUGCGAUCAAGGCACGAGCAUUAGCAGAAGAGACGGUUAGGACUUUUACAGGUGCCGGAGUUUUCGGCGUCGAGAUGUUCCUGUUAGACGAUGGUGCGUACGGAGUAUUUACCGUAGCCUCACUGUUUAAUCAUACUGGCAUAGAUACUAUUCUCGUCAAUGAGAUUGCUCCACGACCUCACAACUCAGGACACUACACCAUAGAGGCAUGCUAUACUUCGCAAUACGAGAAUCAUUUACGUGCAAUUCUUUCCCUUCCUCUCGGAUCAACGGAGCUCAAAGUACAGAGUGCAAUCAUGCUCAAUCUUCUUGGAUAUUCGAAUUCGAUGAGCGAAAUAACUCGCGUUGCGCACGCCGCUCUUACUAUCCCCGGUGCAUCAGUGCAUCUUUACGGCAAACGCGAGUGCCGAAAGGGUAGAAAGAUGGGCCACAUAACUCUCGUUGGCGAUUCUGACGCUGCAGUUCGCGAGAAUUUGCGUCCGCUCCUUCAAGCUCUUCCGGAUGCAACCCCCGAAUCCGUAGAAAUGUAUGCACCACUCCUUCCAGAACCUAAUUCUGGAAAAUCUGCAUCCCAGCCGCUUGUGGGGAUAAUAAUGGGCUCAGACAGUGACUUACCCGUGAUGAUCGCGGCUGCACGCGUACUCGACUCUUUCCGUGUACCAUACGAACUAACGAUUGUCUCUGCGCACCGGACGCCAAAACGUAUGACUCAGUAUGCUGGUAGUGCGGCGGGUCGGGGAUUGCGUGUCAUUAUCGCCGGGGCUGGUGGAGCCGCACAUCUCCCAGGUAUGGUCGCGGCAAUGACACCACUCCCAGUGAUUGGUGUCCCAGUGAAAGGAAGCACACUCGACGGUGUAGACUCCUUACACAGCAUCGUGCAAAUGCCGAGGGGCAUCCCAGUCGCAACAGUUGCUAUAAACAACAGUACAAACGCCGCUCUUCUUGCAGUUCGCAUUAUCUCUGCGAGCGUUCCAAGUCUACUCGAAGCCAUGAAUUCGUUCAUAAAGAAACAAGAAGAGGAAGUCUACACCAAGGUCACUAAGAUCGAAGAAGUCGGCUGGGAGAAAUACGGGAAAAGCUAG